AUGGGUAAACGAAAUGUUGAGAACUCGGAUCAUAAUGUCAUCCUCGUCGUUGGUGCAGCGAGUCUGGAUCGACUCUUGACAGUACCAAACUAUCCUGCUCCUGAUGCAAAGAUCCGAUCGACUGAUUACAAUGAGGUUGGUGGCGGAAAUGCUGCCAACUCUGCUUCCGCGAUUGCAAGAUUGGCCGACGCCAAGUGCUGGAAACAAGACAAGAAAAUGAUCGUCAAACUCUUGACCAAACUAGGAAGCGAUGAAGUGGGAAAGAGUAUCAUAAAGCAACUACAGGAUUCGAAUGUCGAUAUGUCUUCUCCUCUAUUUAUGAUUGGACCUGAAGGAUCGAAGACCAGUGUGUGCACCAUCCUUGUUGAUUCGGAAUCUCACACGAGAACUUGCAUCUUUACACAUGGCGACUGUGGAGAGUUGACUGUGGAAGAUAUUCAGUCCGUCAAUAUCGAUGACAUUUUUGAAAAUGUGAUUCACCUACAUUCCGAUUCAAGGCACACUGAAGCUGCUUUGGCUCUUGCUCGAGAGGCGAAGAGUAGAGGAAUUCAAGUGUCACUCGAUUGUGAAAAAGUUCGAAAGGAUCCAUCUUUCGAUAAACUCAUGGAAAUUUCAGAUAUGAUUGUUAUCAACUCAAAUUGCUUGGAGCCCUACCUGAACCGGCUCGAAGCAAGUUUGUUGGGGGCAAGCAAUCGGCCACCAAUGAAGGCAAUGAACACCAAAAGGGAGCUCUCGUUCGAUGACGAAACUCUCCAAAUCUAUAUGAAAUCGUUCGUGCCUAACGCAUUCUUUUCUCGGUGGUAUCCUAACACACAACGGCAAUGUAUAGUAACCCAUGGGAGCAGGGGAGCUCUUCAUUUUCGAAACGUCUGGACCAGCACAGUACCAAGAAGCGGUGAUAUAGAUUCAAAUACCCUUUGUAUCAAGCGAGUGGGGGGUGCCAUCCGCAUCGAACAUGAUUAUACAGAUUCUACUGAAGACCAGGGAGAGCCGUUUACAUGUCGAAAUCAUUAUGAUGUGCAUCAAACAGGAGUCCUAAAGAAUGCCCAUGUCGUAGAUACUACUGGAGCUGGCGAUGCAUUUAUAGGCGCUUUUCUGCUGGCGAAAUAUGCUGGAGGCUAUAUGCCAAAACAGGCAAUGGAGUUUGCGGCUUGGGUAAGCGGAAAGAAACUGGAGGGCUUUGGGGCUCAAAGUGCGCUCCCUAGGGGGGUAGAUGUAGAUCAGCAGCUAGGAGUGCUUCCGAAAGACGUUGCAACAAGCUUAUGCAAUCUAGUAGGGAGACAGUUCAAUGGUAAAGAUGACGAUAGUAGCUGA